UUUCAUUUCACAUUCCGCCGCAAUUUGUUUUCGCCACACACAUACGAUUGUUUUCUCGACAUUUUUAGCUUAAAAAGUGAUUUUAGUCGAUAAAAUCAGUACAUCGGUGAUUAAAAAUGUCUCUUGUCGCAAAGAGACCCCUCCCGGAGCCAACCCAAACGAUUCAAGACUCUGCCCCACAGCUGCUGAGCUCAUCGUUGAGCACCGCUCGCAUUUAUAAACGUAUUCGACUGACGGCCCGCAAGAUCGUCGGAACGCCGACGUCGAUCCUUGCGUACGUGAAUCUGCUGGAAGACACGACCAAUAGCAAUGAUGCAUUGCAAGUGCUGAUCAAAAUCUCCGAGGCGAUGCUCUUCGACGAAAGUGAGUUUCCGGAGGCGAUUCGCCUGCUGGUGGAACAUUUCCGUCGGGAACCGGAAUCGGCGGUGCGGGUGAAAGUGCUGGCGCUGUUCGGGGAUUUGGCGACGGAUACGGGGAUCGAUUGUCCACAGUUGAUAGACGAGGUGAUAGCACUGUUGAAGGGGGAAACAUCGGCGAAGGUGAUUUCGCAGGGUUUGCAGGCGCUGGAGCGGAUUGGGAAGGCAUGCAAUCCGACGGUGGCCUAUGUCAAUAAGAUGGUGUUCUUUGCCAAGAGUAAGCUGUUCUCGCCCAGUCACAACGUUCAGCGUCAUGCGAUUCUGCUGCUCGGGGAAUUUGUACUUAUUUCCGACGCCGAGAAAGAGAGCCUGGAGUUGAUCGGGAAGUACACGGAUUCGCCGGAUGCCCGGGUGAGGGCACAGGCGUUUCGGUCGAUGCUGACGCUGGGAGAACGUGGAGUUGUCUUACCGUCCUCGCUUUACGCGAGAGCAUGCGGUGCUUUGACGGACGACUACGAGUGCGUCCGGAAGGAAGCGCUACAUAUGAUUUACGAGCUGGGUGUCCGUCAUCCGGAACAGAAUAUCAAGCUGCCCGAGUCCGAGCAGGAAAUCCGGCUGAUUGAUGAUGCCUUUGGGAAAGUCUGUAACGCCUUAUGCGACUUGUCCAUGCACAUCCGGACACUGGCGGCAGAACUCCUCGGCGGAAUGACUAUGGUGAGCGAUGAGUUCCUCCACCAGACCCUGGACAAGAAGCUGAUGAGUAACAUGCGCAAGAAGAAGAGCCUUCACGAGAGAAAUGCGGAGCACUUUACUAGUGGAGAGUGGUCCAGCGGAAAGAAGUGGGCCGACGAUGCUCCCAAGGAAAUGGUUAAUGCGGAUUCCGUUUCGCUGAUGGCUUCUGGGGCUUGCGGAGCGUUGGUGCAGGGAUUGGAAGAUGAGUUCUUGGAGGUACGGACGGCUUCGGUAAACUCCAUGUGUAAGUUGGCUUUGCGGAAUCCCCCGUUUGCGGUGACGUCGCUUGAUUUCCUAGUGGAUAUGUUCAACGACGAAAUUGAAGAGGUUCGCUUGAGGGCAAUUUACAGCUUGACGGCUAUUUCGAAGCACAUUAUUCUACGAGAAGAUCAGCUGGAAACCAUGCUGAGUUCCUUGGAGGAUUACUCCGUGGAAGUUCGAGAAGGACUUCAUCUAAUGUUGGGUGCCUGUAAGGUAUCUACAAAAGCGUGCCUUUCCUUGGUGGUUCAAAAAGUUCUCGACGUUCUACUGAAGUACCCCGAAGAUCGCCUAUCCACGUUUGGGUGUAUGCAGCGAGUUGGGCAGAAACAUCCUGAGAUAUGCAUGUCACUGACUCCCCAACUGCUCCAAGAUCACCCCUUCUUCGACAGCGCCGAACGAGACGUCGAAGAUCCGUCGUACGUCUGCAUCCUGAUCAUGCUGUUCAAUGCAGCUCAACAUCUCCCUCCAAUGCUGAGUCUAUUUCCGGAAACAAUCGUCAAACACUACGCCUACCUUCGGGACACAAUGCCGAAUUUCGUUCCGCUGCUCAAUCUUGGAGGACAAUCGACUGAACUUACACUAACUAGAUCCACCGGGUCACGUCAGUUUCUGGAAACCCUGCUUAACAACAUCCAACUGGCCUAUUCUGCUCCACAAGCCCGCCAAGCCUUGCUGAAGACAGCCCAAGAGAACCUCGAUCGUCUGGCGGAAAUUGAUCCCUCGUUUUCCGGAACCGCAAACUUUACGGCUGUUUUCCUCGGGACUCAGCUUCUGAUGGAACAACUUCAGAUUGCCACCACCGGUCAACCCACCAAGGCGCCCCUCAAGGACUGCCUCGGGCAACUGAUUCGCCAGUGUCUCAAACUGCAGAACCUGUUCUCCAGUCUCACGUUGGAAGACGAACUUCUGGUGAAGCAGAUGUGCCUCCGAGCCAGUGCCCUCAACCUGGUCCUGGUGGUGAAAGAUCGAUCUCAAAGCGCUCUGGCACCAUGUCAGUUGCUUCUUCAUAUCGCUGCCGAUGCAAGCAGCUUUCUGCAGGAGAACAGCUCCCUGGUGGCAGAUUCCUUCACGAGUGCAAUCCUAACGAAAUUGGCCUCGAUCGGCGACCCUCGGCCUGGGCGAGUAUUCCGCGAGAUUCUUCCCGUUGUGCAAGCGGCUGCACCCGUUGCUAUUCCUCGGAUCAAUACUAACAUAAAAAUGUGCAAAGCACGCAUCCUGGAACCAUCCGAAUCGUCGUUCAACUCGGACAACGUGAUCAAGGUAACGGCCGGUCUCAUUGCCGCCGUGCCCUUAGUCGCCGAACUGGAGAACCUCCAGGAAACUCAACGGCAAGAUGUGCGGCUGAAAAUUAAGUACCCGGAUCAAAACGUUCACGUUAUUGUCCCGCGGAAGAAGGAUCUCAAAAAGAUUAUGACCGAACAGGGCGAAAGUCAGUCACACUGGCGCCUGCGGACAACGGUGCUCCUAUCGCACGGAGUGUGGACCGAAGCCUCGCCGGUGGACAUCAGCAUUUGUCUGUCGGUGCGACCGGGCAGCGAAUUGGAACUGUGCAAACCGGUUAAGGUGCACUUUGCACCGAAGCCGGUCAAGAGAGGUAUUUAAGGAUGCGGUUAUAGGUAAGUUGUACUAUUACAGUAGGGUACAAAUAUAUUUAGGUUUGAGAAAUCAAGUGAA